AUGAUCAGUGAGAUAUUGAUUUUGGAUCCGUCAGGGUCUCCGGUGCCUCAGUGCAUUGGCGAGCUGUUUGAUGAAUCACAAACGUUGAUCACCAGAUUCAGCGGAAUGACUUCGCUUUGUAUUUAUUUAUCAACCUACACAAACUACACCCUGACACAGCAGCACGACCGGAUUGAACGAGUUCCGAACUCGAAAGAGAAGGAACUCGAUCAUUGUGUUGGACUCAUAAUUAACACAGACAAAAAGGGUACAAGUGGCAUUUUGGACACUCUAUCUUUCGAAGAACAGCAAACGCUAGUUGCUAGUCGGUUCCACCAUUUGAACUUGGUGGCCAUUUGUCAGUCGUUGACCGACUCCAGCACGAAAUCCGUUCUUAGUUCCCGGUUUCUACCCGUGUUACGCCACAUCUACAAGCACAUCCAGACACGUUUACUUCGGGUCCAAACGUGGGUCGGGUUGACUGACGCGGACAAGUAUCCGGAGAUCAACACUAUGGGCGGUAUUACCAAGACACAGGUUUCUGCGGAGACCGGAAUGAAGAACAUCCGAUUGUUCAGCACAGAUAUCCGCUAUAUCGAGCUUUUAGACCUCCCACAUGACGACGAGCAUUACAAAAGUUUAAUUGCAAAGUGGGGGUUUCCGGCGUUCGAGCUGACGUACGACGAGCUGCUCUACUGUGCGUACUUGAUGUUUGACCAUGCGCUGAUCGGAUACAGAGAUGAUUACCAGACUCCCGGAUUUCGAAACCGGCUAAUGUUGUUCCUGUUUUACAUUCGAGAUUACUACAGAAAGGGCAACCCGUUCCACAAUUUCAGGCACGCUAUUGACGUUAUGCAAUCCAUCAACUACUUCCUUGGCCAACUUGAAAAGUCCGAUUUUGAGCUUCGCUUGGAGAAACACGAAAGCUUGGCGUUGCUUUUGGCUGCACUCGGCCACGACAUUGGCCACCCAGGAACCACGAACGCAUUUCUAAUAACGCACAAGACUCCAAUUGCCGCCAUUUUCGACAACCAGUCGAUUCUGGAGCAGUAUCACCUGGCACAAUACUUGAAAAUUAUGAAACUGUUUUUCGCAAGAGACGACAGAUGUGUGGAGAUUGCCAGAUGCUCGAUCUUGGCUACAGACAUGGCCAAACACGACGCCUAUGUUCACGAUCUGGACCGCUUUGACGAAUACGUGACAAGACAGGAGAAGUUACAAUUAAUUUGCGCAAUCCUAAUUAAAUCCGCCGACAUCUCGAACGUGUGUCGUCCUGUCGCCCAGAGCGUGAAAUGGGGUUUGAGUCUGGGGAGGGAAUUCGCCGAGAUUGGUCAGUUGGAAAAGGCACUGAAGGGAGAAGAAACUGCUACGUUGAAACCUCUUCCUGUGCCACUUUCAAAGAUAACUCCUGAAGAAGCCAUCGAAUUUGACCCGGAUUUGGACAAGUCACAGAUGUUCUUCAUCAACAGGUUCGCAUUGGAGUUCUUUACCAAGGUCGCUGACAGAUACCCCCCACUCGCGUGUCUCUCGCAGGAGCUUCACAAAAAUAUUGCCCAUUGGCAGCUGACAGGAAAAACAGGAAAUUGA